AUGCGUCCCUUACUAUGCCAAUCGUUGCCUUUACAUCUGUAUCGGAUCCCCCCUUGUUCAUUGAUUGUGCUUCCCAGGUACGCAAACGUUUCCACCUUUUCCAAAGUUUCGCCAUCCAAGUAUGAUUGGGUUGGUGUUCUCCGUGUUGUAUUUGAAAAUUUUUAUUUUUCCCUUGGGUAUGUUGAGGCCUACUGCUGCAGAGGCUGCUGCUACACUUUUUAUCUUCAUCUACAUUUAUUCCUCUGUGUAUGGGAUAGAAGUGUUAAGUAUUUGAGUAAAGUUUUUUCUUAUAUGGUCAAAGUAAUAAGGAUCACAAUAAAAGUUUCAACUGAAACAUUCAAUGUUAUCUUCAAUUCUUGGCAAACUUUGAUUGAUGAUUUAUUUUGUAAGUUCCAAAAAUUUACAUAUGUAGUGACUACUAAGAUAUUGAUGAGUAGUAAGGAUACA